AUGGGAAAUGGACAGGGGAAAAAUCGGCUUAUCGUUCACGGAACGAAUGAAUUCUUAAUAGAAAAGAAACAGAAAUUUUCUCUGAUUAACAUAAAAAAUUCAUCAAACAUUAAGGAUAUAUACAACGGGCCAAAUAACCUAAUAAUUAUAUACGAAAAUGAUGACUUUGAAAUCGUCGGUUUAAAUAAUUAUGGACAGCUGGGUCUGGGCGACAAAAAGAAUAGAAUAAAAUUGACCAUCAACCCAAUUUUAUCAAAACAGAAAGUACGAAAGGUAUCAUGUGGGGAUGCGCAUAUCAUUGCCUUGAUGUGGAACCACAAUGUUUUUGUCUGGGGAAAUAAUAACUAUGGACAAUUAGGCAUCGGAAAUAACACGGAUGAAAUUUCUAUGCCACUUCUCAUUUAUUUUCAAGAAAAAAUCAUAGACAUUGCGUGUGGUAAGAACCACUCCCUUUUUUUAACAGAAUGUGAAGAUGGAAAUGCUAGGGGCCAUUUGGGUGCAUCCGAGGUAAAGGUGAGGGAAGAAGGAGGAACAUCCCCCUGUGUAAUGAAGGGGAAGAAGCAAGUGGGCUCAGGCUACCUCAAAGGAAUUGACAUAAAUAUUAAUGAUGGGGAGGAAGACGACAAUGGUGAAGAGGAAAAUGACGUGGAGGAAGAUGAUCAAACGGAUGACGACGAUGCAGACGAUAUUCCGAACGACUGCGUCGAUUCCCGUGCAGAUUUCUGUGGUGAUCGGCCCAAUUGUCAUAUCCUCGCCUGUGGCUGCGGGGAAGACGGAAAACUGGGCUUCAAAGACGAGGAAAAUGUGUACUUCCCCAAAAAAAUCGAAUUAAGAAAAAAAAUUAAAAUUACUAGCAUACACGCCGGCUACAACCAUAGUGCUCUACUAACGAGCAAAGGAAGGUUAUACACCUGGGGGGGAUGCCGAGAUGGUGAGUUGGGCAUAAGAAGCAACAAGUCCAGUUACAAAAUAAAAAAAAUUGAUAUACCCGAAAAGGACAAAGUAGUGAAGGUAUCCCUAGGGAAAUUAUACUCAGCCUGUUUAACGAAAAAUCAUAUUUUCUACAUUUGGGGUAAUAACAUUCGAGGGAUAAAAAAAAUGAACAACAUGGCCAAUGUGCGCAUCAGACAUUUUGCAUGCAAUGAUGAUAAUAUUAUCAUAUUGACAGAAAAUGAAAAGUUGUUUUUAUUCGAUUCUUCCAAGAAGGUUCAAUGUAUGAAUAAACUCCUGAAUACAAAAUUGGAACAUAAUAAAAAGGUAAACAAUAACCUUAUUAAAUACAACUCUGUGGGAAAUGGACGAAACUAUUUAUAUGCCUAUAUCAGUAUGGGCACGAAAGAUGAUGUUAGCGUCAAGGAUGAACAUAUUAAUGUGGGAGAAAAUUGUGAGGACCCCCAUUUGGUGGAGCGUACAACAAGUACAACUACUAACUUGGAGGAACAGAAAAUGUUCUGCCCCAUGAAUAUGGAAGCAAAGUUCGGAGAAACCGAAAUGACGGGGUCACUCUCUUGUCAGAUUCUUGCGAACGAAGGUGUCCAUCUUGUGGAUUCCCUGGAUAAUGCAACCACAAAAAAUGGAAUAUCUUUUUCAGGCACAGGAGGAGGAAUAAAAAUGGGGAAUGUAGAUGAUUAUGCAAUGCGGACAAAAAAAGAACUUAAAAAGGGAGAAAGGUACGAAGGGGAGAGGAGGGAUGAAAAGCGUGAUGCAGUAGGAGCGGGGCAAACUGGAGUAGAGGAGGAAUACACAUUCUCCCGAGGGUGCGAUGCAAAGGACGAAUUGGAGAAAAAACAAUAUACGGAGGAAGAGGUAUAUGCCGACGUGUCCCCCUUUGAAAUUAAUAAGGAAGGGCACUCCUUAAGAACAUUCGUCAAAUUUAGGAAAAGUAAAAACAAAAUGGGACAAAACCAUUCGUAUUUGCAGGGAGUGUGCGAAGUGGAAAAAAAAAGAGCAGACAAAAGCAGCACUACUGAGGGCAAUAAUAUACACCAUAAUUUAUGCCAUAAUCAGAGGUGGAAAAAAAAGGAAGCGAAGCACAGGGAUGGUGUAGGAGAUCACUUCAUCCAAAAUGGAAGCUACAUGAAGAUAAAUUCGAUAAACGCAGAAGAUGUAACUAUGGGAGGGGACUACAUACUGAACCACACGGAGCACAUCAUUAACAGGAAUAGGCAUUGUUUAAAUCUCCUAUCACUGGACGGCGAACUGGGGUUACAGGAGGACAUUUUUGGACACAGAAAAGGACGGAAUGGACAAAGGAGAAAUCAAUCUAACCGUAAAUACGGAGCAAGGCAUCCCACGUCGAUUAUGGGGGAAGAUCAAUACGCACAAUUAAAUAUCGUGCUACUGCAGGAACUGAAGAAACAGAAAAAAAUAAACGUCGUUUACUGCCACCUGCUGAAUAGGCUCCAGAGGGAGUUAAACCAGUUGAAGGAGGAAAAAAAAAAAUUUAAGAGGAAAAUUUCGAAUUUGCAGAAAUUUGCAAAUUUAAAGCGAAAUGUAGCCCCGGAGGGAGGACAGGAAAAUAAAGGCGUUAAUUUACAUUUGUGCUUGGAUGGGGGUGCGAAAAAAGGUGUUUGCGUUGCUUCGUGUAAUGGUUAUGCUGGAGGGGAAAAUUACGUGCAUUUGGGGGGUGCACAUAAUGAUGAGGAUGGAGGAAACCACGAUGGCCCCUAUGAUCGCUGUCAUGACAACGGAAAUAACGGGGGCACUUUUUCGCUAAACCAAUCUGCGGACCUAAUAAAUCUCACAAGCGAAAACGCGCCAGGGGUCCCAAACAAUUUGCAGGUUUUGGACGAAGUAGCCCCCGAUUUGUUUGUCAAGAGGAAAGAUGACCAUAAUGAUAAACUGAACAAUAUUCCAAUUUUUUUUUUGCAUAGUUAG